UUCGUUUGAAUUUUCUCCCGCCUGCCGACCGACCGAAACGAAUUCAAGCUCUCCCACUCUUUUCCUCUCGUUCGAGACCGAACCUUGCCCGGCUCCGAGGCUCACCUUCUCCCACCUUCCCCAUCUGCUCUCUCAACGUCUCUCUCGUCCGCACCGGGCUUUGUCUCUUCCGCUGCCACAGCUCAUCAUGAGCUCAUCGCGCGAUUGCAAUCGCUGCAUUCUUUUGAAUUCGUCACUGUGAGAGUCCUCUGCUGUCCCAGGAGAAGGUGAACUAAGAAGAUAUCGUCCGACGAAAAUCUUGAAGUGAUUCUGUGCAGCUCGCUGUCCGAGUUAUGCUGAGGAUUGCGUGCGAAUAAUUGUCGAGUGAGGGCUCCCCGGAGUUGGAUAGGGGUCUUUUCUCCGAAUUCGUUCGAGUCUCGGCAAAUCUUCUCUGCCACGAGGAGUAUGAGAAGACGGGAGUCACAGUCGUGCGGGUUGGCGGACGGGAAGUAUGCGUCGUGAUUUCAUCCAGAGCAGAUCGAGUCGACGGGACGUGGAGUUUGAAAUUUUGUGUCGCAGGGGAGGGGUUUGCGAGGCUGUUUGUGAGCGGUCGGGUGGAGUUUGAGUGUUGCACUUACGCUCUUCAGGUUUGUCAUAGCUGAAAGGCCUCGAAGAUGGGGAAAUGUAUGAGCAAAGAUAAAUUGCAGGAGACCGUGAUCCAGCACAUCAGCUCUCCCGUUAGGACCGACGAUGGCGUCGGGUUUGCUCUAGGUAGGCUCAGCAACUCGCACCAGACUCGGUGGGUGAAGUACGAGGACUUGGGACCCUCUGAGGAAGACAAGCCCGUGGUGAGCGAGGGCCAAGUGAUCAUCAGCAGAUCGAGCAGUCGGUCUUAUGGUCUGCCGCUUCCCCAAGGCCAUCUCGUCUCGUGCCCUGCAUUCGUCAGCGGUGGUGGCUCGCGCAGGGAAUCGAAGGAGUGCACCUGCGGAUAUAGACGGCUAUCAGAUGGGGGUAGACCGAUAUCGUCGACCGCGAAAUGCCCGACUGAGAGGAAACCUCUCGCAAUUAUUCAAAAGCUGUCUCCGGUUAUCAAGGUUACCAGCGAGUCUAAGACGAUGAACAAUGGACCGGAGAACGACGUAGAGAAUGUCGGUGCCAAGCCUCUGAAGCUGACAUUCAAUACUCCUACUAAGACCCGACCAGCAUUGAGGGAGACCAAUGUCAAUGUCACCGUGAGCGUUCCUGCUGAUGUUACCGGGCCGAAAGCCAUGAAGUCUCGAAAGGAGUCACGGGAGAAUGUAGAUGUCGAAGACAUGCUACCUCGUAGAGCAUCUCCUAGGAGGCCUUUGCGGCCAUCGCUCACUGAAAAAGAGUUUCAGUCUCUGGAUUCUCCUGUGAGAACACCGACGAAGCAGCCUCUUGAACGCACCGAGGAAAUGAUGAAGUCUCCAGCGAGUGCGGAUAAAUGUCCUGCGCCUAUCUCUUCGCCUAAAAAUGCUUCCACGAACUCUUUAGGAAGCUCACUGCAGUCAAUCUUGUCUGCCAUAUCUGAUCCAGAGUCGACCUCCCUGGUUGAAGAAGUGUUGUCGAAGGCAAGCGCUGCUCAGAGCAGAUGCACCGACCUUGAGGAGUGCAAAGAUAUGGCUGAAUCCAAUGCUUCACAUAAUCCUGUAGAAGAUGAUAGUGACACGGAGUCCAAUGUCGGCAUCAUUGAUGCAGAUACACCUUCGUCCAAGGCACCCUCUAGUGAUUCUACAUAUCCCUUGGAAGACGACGGCCCGGGCAAUACACCGAUUACGGCACGCUCCGUGAGAACAAGGUUGCCCAUGGAUGGUGAAUUUUGCAAGGAGGAUAAACCACUUCACUGGAAGGCUAGCGCACUGUACACGAACUGUCUGUUCGAGGAGUCUCCAGCAAAAAACCCGGUGAAGACAUUGGACAAAAAAUCUCCCGUGGGUAUUACCAAAUUCACUCUCGCGCCUGAGGCUGAAACCGACCUGGCGAACCGUUUCGAAAAGUCAUUGUCCAGUGUUAGUCUUGACACUGAGAGGGAAGGCUCGCAAUCUGACAGCGCGGAUGUGGGACCGGAACUGAAGAGGAAGUCUGUUGAUCAGACUCUGUCUCCCAGAGAAUGCCCAUCUCCAUUUAAGAAGGUCAAAAGCUUGACGGAGAAGACACUGUCAACGGAUCUGCAGUUACCAACCCCCGGUAGUGCUAGUUCUGAUGGCGAGCUCGACACUUCGGCCGACGAGAGUGAAGCUGUCACCCCAGACAAUGAGAUAGCGCCAGACGUCAAGGCCUUUCUGGAGACAUCCAAAAAGGUGGUGCUGAGCUUUGGCCCUGAUAGAAUUGAUGACUGCUACACUGACAGUAAGAGUCCGACCUGUUUCGUAGAUUCUCAAACUACGUAUGGGUUCAAGGAGCUCUUCUCAAGUAACUCCUUCGCUGGUGUCUUCGAGCUCGAAACCUUGUUGGUGACAUCAGACGUCAGGCGCAUGAGCGGGCACGGUGUGGAGGGUUUGCAAAUUGUUGGAUCCGAAUUGACCGAGCUUUUCAGUAGUAAUGUGAGACCCUCUGAAGGCAAUCACGUGGAAGCAAACACCGUGGCCCAAUUUUCCAAGAGUGAGGCAAAGCUUGGUGAUCUCUCGGUCCAAACUCGCAAUUCUCUACCUAAGUCUGAGGCAUCACCUGUAGUUACGAGUCCACGGAGCUUGAGUAUACUAGGUCCUUCUGUGAGAGAUGGCGUUAAGGUAGCACCAUCAGAAGCUUGGGAGGAGUCCAAUGGUGGAGGGGAGCGGUUCGGAUCUGUGACUCAAGAUCCAUGUCAAAGUGAAACUUUCGAACUCGACUCACUAGACUUCGAUAGUCCUUGUUCCAAGAGGACUAGGUCUCCUCAGGUUUCUGUCUCUACCUUAAUCAAGAAAUUCGAAGCUUCUCACGUGGAAGGUCUCACCUGCACAGGCGACUGAAGAUGUACUGAAGCCCGUGCGGAAGAAAGCAGAUAUCGCACCAGGACAUUCAGGUAGAAAAGCAUCGGUUCCUCUGAGUUUUCCCACGACCACUUCGGAAAAGCGCACUGCCCUUUCAUGCUCAACCAAGCCUCUCAGAGAUCCCGACAGCUACCGAGAAGCCGCUGCUUUGUCACUCGAAGACUUUCAAAUUUUGUUAGAUGCGGCUGAAAAGGAGGAAGAGAAGAGAGUUGUGGCUGGAGCAUCUCCUGCAAACUGGAGUGGGAAUUCUUUGGCCAGUUUUGGCAGAUCUCUUCUGCAGAAACUCCGUGAUUCUCUUCCAACGACUCCCACCUCUUCUCUCCCUUCGACCCCGAAAAUUUCGGCUCACACUACUCCACUUAUCUCGUCCGCCUCCACCCCCAAAAGGACGGGUCCUCACGCGAACUCUGUAGCUUUAUCUCCUGAAGAGAUAGCUGAGAUUUGGGGUGCCUUUGAGCAGUCUCAUCUCAUGUAAUCAGCUUAUCUUGGGAUCACUUCCCUGGUGAUCGCACUGAUAGCAGUAAAGUGUACGAAUGCAAUCUCCUGGAUUUCAUCGUGUACAUGGACGUAGCUUUCAAUCAGCAGAGCUGUUCUCUGCGAUUGCCGGCAGUCCUGAAUCUUGGUGCCGAAGACGUUCCCAUCUAGCUGAUGCGAACGUUAACGAGGUUCCACAAAUAAGUUUUAAGGGUCGUUUGUAACUUCCUUCAACACUAAUUAUCCUUUAGGAAGAAGAUAGAUGUGCAGAGUUCAGCGAAAUUUUGUAAGUGGAGUUUUGAUUAGAAGUUAGUUGUAGCCGCCAACAUUGGCAUUGUUCACCAUGUAUAAAAGAUAAUUC